UAGAUGUACUUUUUUUCCGCGGGGUCAUAAUUCCGCGGAAUCUCAAUUUCUGUUUAAUCCGCAGGUAGAAAAGUACGCGGAUUUCUUAGAUUGUCAUUAUAUGCCUUACAUUUUCAUUAAGUACGCUUGGAGAAAUUUCCGCGGAAAAUUUAUGACCGCGUACAUAGCAUAAAUUAAUACCACGCGUAAAAAAAAGUACUUCUACAGUAAUUAGGGUUUUGGAAGGAAUAGUAAGACCUGAUGUGCAAAACUAUUUGAGGAUGCUCCUGCACCAUAUAGAGCUCUGUAAAGCAAGGGCCCCAUGUGGAGACUUUCAACCAAGGCCUCAAGACAAGCUAGUCAAUUGGAGUGAUGCUCAUCAAACUUCAAGUGUUCAACACGACUUUACAGCUGAAUAUUGGCAAAACUUGGAUUUUUUACCUUCAAUUCCUACAUCAGCACUAGCUGCUGCAGAUCAUGGACAGAUAUACAGAAACCUUUCACACACUAUGACACAUGAAACCCUGACAAAUUCACCAUCAACCCUGCCUGCACCACCAUCAACCCUGCUAGCACCACCACCAACCCUGCCUGCACCACCAUCAACCCUGCUAGCACCACCAUCACCAUUGCCAGCACUUCCACCACUAUCACCCCCACCCCCACCAUCAUCACCUCUGCCAGCGCCAUCCACUGAAAGUCAUAAUGAGACCCUUCAAAUGCCAUCACCACCACCACCACCACUGAGGCGCUCACCCAGGAAACACAAGGAUGGACAAAAGGAAAAGAUCAAGCUUAUUGAGGGUAAAAUCACCGAAGUAGACCCAGACGGCAUGAGGAUGGCUACAUCAACUGCAAGAAAAUCAAAGAGGCCAGGGUACACUUUAUGUUACAAACUCCUGGCAGAAAUUUUUUCAUUGCAGACUCUGGCCAGUUCUCAUGGCCAGGGGAUAGGAAAAAAGACCAAAGACCCAAGGCCCGUCCUGGAUGCCAACACAAUCAGUGAUCUUAAAAAUUAUGUUGUUCUAUGAUGCAAGAAAAAUGGCUUCGUUGUUCCAUCAGAAGCAACACUGAAUGACGCCGUAACAGAGAGGAUAAGUUAUGCAAGGAAACAGUUAAGGCCAAAAACAAAAUAAAUGUGACCUUGACAUGAACGUUUAAAUGCAUGAACAUGUAUGAAGAAAAUUUCAACUUUUCAGUACAAAUGAGGAAUUUUAAGUGUGACUCUGACUUCAAUGUUUAAAUGUAUGAUGAAAAUUUCUACA